GGAUCUUUCAUGGAAUAUAUUCAUCGCAUUCAUAAUGGUUAUCAUCUCCCGGAAGUUAUCUUAUUUCAACAGCUUCUUUAUGUUAUGAUGGUUGACCUUUGAACUUGUAAAUUUACACUUGCUGAUUGUGGCGCCAUGCAUUUUGUUGAUUUAAUUCCAUUGUUGCUGACAACAUCAUUUCAUUAGAGGUUGCUUUCCGAUAGGAAUAACACGAAUACCAGUGAUGCAAUACAGAUUGUCAAGGACACCGUCAAUACGUAACAAUGUCUACGAGAUGUACAGUGGCAGAGUGUGAAUGCAAACAGUUUGAACAACAGUACAAUGUUAUCAAAGCAAAGAACAAACAAGGAUCAUGGUUUAAACCUCUAGCCAUCGGUACAGCUUGCCUAGUUGGUGGUGCAGUACUCGCUCCAAUCGCUGUCCCUGCAGCGUUGGGGGCUAUAGGUUUUACAAGUGGUGGUGUGGCAGGAGGGUCUAUAGCUGCUGCAAUGAUGUCAUCAGUAGGUAAUGUUGCUGCCGGAAGUGCCAUUGCUACCAUGCAAUCUAUCGGGGCCGCUGGAUUAGGUGCAGCGGGGACAGCUGUCGGCGCCGGUGUUUCUGGCGUUGCGGGUGUUGCUGUUGCUAAGGCUGCAGGUGUAGGAAAAGGGAAAGAAGAAAGUCAUGAAUGUUGCUGCAAAAUUGAACAUACCUGUAAAACUUGUCAACACUGUAGAUGUAAACAUGAAUCGGAAUUUGGUUCUGCUCAGGCACAAAAAAAAGACAAACGAGAUUGAACAUGUCAACAACAAAAGAUCAGAACGAUAUUAAAAACAGUAUUUUCAUUUAAAUAUAUACAAGUUUAUAAGUUAAUGUAGAUUAUUUCGUUUGUG